AUGAAACCAAGUCUUGAGUUUUCAGAGGAUCCUUAUAUCACUACUAAAAACUUUGCAGUAUUUACCCCUACUCUAGAUUCCAUUGAAAAGCUUUACAAAACAAAUACAUUUCAACCACCCUCUAGAGUUCGCACUAACAACUAUUCAAGCCAGAGAAAUCUUCAUGCAAUCUAAGAUCAAAAUGAUGAAUAAAAUGAGAUGAAAUCUUAAAAAGCCUUUCCACAAACUCCUAAAUCUUAGGCCUCAUAUAGAUCUGGUAAAAUUCUAUAAAGCAACCAGGCAAUUGAAGACUAUGCUAAUCUCAUAGAUAAAUUCUCAAGAGGAGGCUAAAGAUUAACCCAAGACAACUUGUAAAGAGUUUCCUCUAGUUAAAAUUUUCAUGGUAAAGAAGGUGGAGCAUAAUUACUUCACAAAUUGAAGAGCUACAAGACAAACUCUACUGUUUAAGUCUUGUAAGGUUUACCUCUGAAAACAGCUUAGGGAUAGAAGCUCUAUGAAUAGUAAAAUAACAAUUUAGUAAAUACCCAAGCCUCUGGUCUGGGAAGAUCAAUGAAAAAGACUAUAAGUUAUCCUGGGCUUCCAUGGAUUCAGUUAGAUGUUUAGAAGAAAUACGAAGACCCCUUUAGUAAAAGAAAUUUUAUAAGAACUUAAGGAGCUUUCAGAGCUUCAGGUUAAGAGUCAGUAGAAGAUAUGAUUAUGAUGUCCAGAACUAUAUCUCAAAAUUUAAAAACAAUGCUUCAUUAAUAGCGUGAUUCGAACUAUUUGACUGCCAAUAGACUGAUAAGCGUUCCAAAAAUAGUUACUCAUCCAGCCUAAUAAAAGGUUAGCCUUGGCAAGCGAUUUUUAAUAGCUGAGAAUGAUGCUCAUCAAAGAGAGACAAACACAGGCUAUAGCAGAAAGGCCAAUGGUACUUUUUAUAAUCACUGA